CGAAUUGUGUCGGUGCAAUUGAUGGUAAGCACGUYGCUAUUAAGUGCCCGGCCAAUUCCAAUUCGAUGUUUUACAAUUAUAAAAAAUUCUUUAGCAUCGUUUUGAUGGCUGUAUGUGAUGCGAAAUAUACGUUCACAGCAGUUAGUAUUGGCAGCUAUGGAAGUCGAAGUGACGGAGGAAUCUUUCGACUUACUCCAUUUGGCCAUGCAYUAAUACAAAACACUCUGCCUUUGCCACCACCUGUGCCACUGUCUGACGUUUCACCGGAACCUUUUCCUUACUUUUUCGUUGGAGAUGCUGCAUUCCCAUUACGAAAUACUUUAAUGCGCCCACUUYCCGGAGCUAAUCUAACAUACAGCAAACGUAUUUUCAAUUAUCGAUUGUCACGUGAUCGUAGAGUCAUAGAAAAUUCCUUUGGUAUAUAG